AUGAAGCUCGGCCGGAACGGCAGGCUCUUCUACCGCCUGUGCACGCUCGACAAGCAGCAGACGGCCUUCUCCAUGCACAUCAAGGGGGCGAUCGUGGAGUACCCGCUGGCCAGCAUGGAGCACAUCCGGCUCGGCUACGACCUCGCGGACUUCACGCACGUGCCCGUGUCCCUCCCCUCCGACGCCCUGGCCGCCGUGAUCGUGAUGGACGGUCGCAGCAUGAACCUCGUGUUCUCCUCGCCCACCGAGCGCGACGAGUUCGUGACCUGCAUGCUCGUGCUGAAGGAGCGCCACCGGCGCACCACCGGCGCUCCGGCGGCGGGCUGA